UCGCCGAUAAACCCCACCGAAGAAGAAGAACUGAAUCUUGCGUUAUAAACGCUACACUCACAGGGUUAAUAAAAAAUAAAAAACGCUACACUUUUUCGUUCAGUGGCAGGGCAGGACUCCGUGAAGAUUACGUACGUCGUAGUGAAAAACGUCACGAUGUAAACGGGGCAUCAGUUCCUGCUUCGAAAGCGGUUGCGGACCGAGUGCUCGCACUAUGGCGGCAGUGCGCAGCCCAAGGGUGUCGAUAAAGCUAGACCGCUCAGAAUCGGAUUCAGACUCGGACCGAGAUGCCCGCGAAUUUGAACCGAUGGUUGUGGAGGAGGGCGAACUCGAGGUGGAAGACAUCCCCGUUAACAGGUCCUUGAAUGAACUGUUGCCGGAGGCGAUUGAGAGGAAGGAGAAGAGGGCAGAAAGGUUCCACUUCCGUGCAGAGGCCAACCUAGCCCAGAUGAAUGUGGCGUUAGACAGAGACACCAUGAAGAAAGCCAUCCCUAACUUGCGUCUGGAGGCGUUGCACGUGGCGGGUGUGGAUGAUAUGAGCACCCAGGAUGUGUUUUGCUACUUUAAGGAGCACCCUCCAGCACACAUUGAGUGGAUCGACGACACCUCCUGUAACGUGGUGUGGCUGGAUGAUAUCACUUCCACCCGGGCUCUGAUCAACAUCAGCCACAUGCCUGACCCAGAGGUGCUUACCAAAGAGACAGACGGCACCAAAGAACCUGGUGAUCCCACCCAGGAGAGUAAGGGUGAGUGUGCAGCUCGCAGACAACGAGGUUCGGAUGAUGAUGAUGACGAGGAAGGAGAGGUGGAGGAAAAAGAGAUGGUGAAAGAGAAGAACAGUGAGGAGAGUGAGGGAAAAGCCAGUGAGGGAGAGACGGCGAGGAAAACAGAACCUGAGACCACCCAGGUGAUCCUGCUAUCCCAGACAGAGAGUGAGUCACUGCUCCGGAACGACCUACGUCCAGCCACCAAACCCUUCAAGGGCAACCGACUCUUCCUGAGGUUUGCCACUCACGAUGAUAAGAAGGAGCUGGGUGCUGCGAGGAAGAGUAGAUUUUACAUGAAGUACGGCAACCCCAACUACGGAGGCAUGAGGGGCAUCCUCAGCAACUCCUGGAAGAAACGGUAUCACACACGCAGAAUUGUGAGCAAGAGCAAGAAACCCCUCAUAGGGGACAGCAUGGGACAGACACCGCCCUACACACACAGACACUCUGCUGACCUGGUCAACCUGCCAGAAGAACCAAUAGAGGAAGAAGAAGAGGAUGAGGAAGAGGGGGAAGAGGACAUGGACUCAGACGACAGGGUAGUGGAGUACAAGGAGAAGGGGGAGAGAGGGAGGGGGAGGGCAGGGGGCCCAGGGGUGGCCCUGCGGAGUCGUUUGGGCAGGCCCUCGUCUUCCCCCUCUGUUUUGUCAGACUCAGACGAGAUGGACUAUGACCUGGAGCUCAAGAUGAUCUCAACCCCCUCCCCCAAGAAGAGCAUGAAGAUGACCAUGUACGCAGACGAGGUCGAGACCAACCUCAAGACUAUACGACACUCUGCUGUUCGGAGUGACAGCGGCUCGGGGGGUAGUGGCAUCCGGAACAGGAUUGGUGGAGAAGGAAGUGGAGGAUCGGUGGUCAAGACCAAAAGCAUUGCGGUGGAGAAAGUGACGGACGUGAGGCAGCUGUUGGAGGAGAAGAGACGGAGCCUAUCCCAGCACAAACAGCGCUACCCUGUGGCCAGUAGUGGAACGACAGAUGUGAGGCAGCGGUUAGGGAAGAGGCCGUGCUCUCCUGAGAGACGACACUCCGCCUCCCGAGACUCAUCCCCUCCCCGAGAGCCAAUCACAGAUGUGCACAGCCGACUGGGCGUUGUCAAACAAGACGCCCACGGCCUUUACCCUGAUUCGUCCAAAGACAGGAAAUCAAGUCGUCUGUGGAGCAGGCUCGGCCCCUCCUCCCGCAAGGGCGACGUUCCCAAGCGGAAGCCUUCCAGUCGCGGAGUGGGGUCGGGAUCAGCCAGCUCCAGGUUGAGGGGACGGGGGCGGGGAGGAGAAGAAGACGUUGAGGAGGAGAACGACUCUGCACUGCAGAAGGUGUGGGGGGCCUUGGUCAAACAGAAGGAACAGCAGACCCACAAGAUGAUGAAGAGUCUGCUUGACAACCUGCCCUCGCUACAGAUCGAGAUCAGCCGAGAGAGCAGCAACGGAUCUGACUCAGACUCCUGAGAGACGGAGGGAGGGAGAAGGAGAGGGAGAGAGAGCGGUAUUGCAACGAGGUGGCAGAGAAUGAGUAGGGGAAAGAGACGUGUUGAUAGAAACUGAGUAGGGGAAGAGAGGUGUGAGUGAAAUGGAGAAUGAUGACAAAUGGUGGGGGAGGGUUUAGAUCAGUGUGUGGAUUUGGUCAUGCCUUCAUCUAGAGCAGAAAGGUGACCAUCUCCACCCCCUGCCCUCCUCUUGAGUUAUCUCUGUCUCUCUCUGUCUAUCUCUGUAGGACUGUUUUGAUCCUUAUGGGACCCCGCCGAUGUGGCCUGGUCCAUUGUACAAACACAAAAGAGAAGAAUCUUUAUGAAAAUAAACGAGAAAAAAAAAACUGGACAGAAUUGUCUGGUGUGGAGAGAAGUUAUAUUUGUCAGGACAGGAGGCACAUUUUGUUGUUGUUGUAUCACAUGAUCUCUGCAGCCCAUGGGACUGGUGUUCUGAUCAAACGUGUUCCUGUGACAACAUUUUACCCUCUGAUAGCCUACCUACACGUCAAGUCAUGUCGAAUAUUUAAAGAGCAAUAUAAAUGUCUCUGUUAGCCCCUGUGAUGUCAACUACAGAAGACCUGUGACAGUGGAUAAGAUGCUGAUACUGAGCUCUCUCCCUCUGUCUCUCUGUGUUUGGAAUCAGACACUGUAUCAUACAGUAGAUGAUAUCUAUGUGUGAGUGACUUUGAACAACAAAUAUUUGGUUUAUGGCAUUUUCUUUCCUUCCAAAGGCUUGGCCCAUAGAGAAGACUAAACCAGAUGAAUCGAUUCUCUACUGAAAGGUUUUGUACUGUCUGACUGUUGGUAUUAUGUGCAAAUGGCCAAUGUUGAUAUUAUGUUUUUCAAGGCGGAAAAUCCUUCAUGGCUGUGCAAAGUCCUUCAAAGGCCCAUAGUACACUACUUCUGACCAGAGCCCUAUGUAGGGAAUAGGGUGCCAUUUGGGACGCAACCUUACAUUCCCAGACGGAAAACAAAUGUAUUUCAUUAAGGCCUAAGCAGAAAUGAAAAUGUUUUCUUUUUUAAACAACUGUCUGCUUGUCUUGUUACCAUUACCAACUCAUUAUUUGACCUGGUAAAUUGACUGAGAAUACAAUCAACUAGAUGGUAAUUUUCCAUGAAGAAAAAUUGUGACUAGCUUUAGCUCUUUGAAAGUAUUUUUUGUGGCAGUGGAUAGGAUAGCCUGAACAUGUUGGUUUGGUGUCUAGCUUGAACAGUUCAAGAGUUAAGGUUAGAGUUAUUUUAUGCUAAUGUUGGUAUGUAUGUAACACAAAUAUAAACGCAACAUGUAAAGUGUUGGUCCCAUGUUUCAUGAGGUGAAAUAAAAGAUCCCAGAAAUUG